AUGCCUCAGCACCAUCAUGCCCAUGGCGAGGACUUCACUCGAGAUCUUGCGAACAUUGAUAGCAGCUCCGACGCCACCGACUCGACAGAUUCUGACGGUGACGAGUCCAACAAUGAUACAGAUUUACUGCAAGCGCUUGAACUCGUGCAAAGACUACUUCUAGACAUGCGAGGAAAGUAUCAGGAGGCUCUGAAGAAGAAUGCUCUUCUCGAGGCCACACUCUCAAAAGGCCGGAAGACGAAGCUUACUAAUAAAGACCUUGCGCUUGCCGCUAAGGAAGAUAUCAUCAAGAACUAUGGGCGCAAGUUUUCUGUAACGCACUGCCUCUGGGUCGAGACCACCAUUUUUCCCUUGCGCGCACCACCUCCUAAUAUUGAUCUCACGAGCAAAGAGCGGUGGCUCUCUCCGAUGUCAAUUCAGGAUGGCGUUAAAGCUGAACUCUUUCAUUUCAUUCUGCCUGCGGACCAUGGCAUGAUGGCCCACAAGAACUUCGGUUCCCAUUUUGUCAAAGGCAUCAAUAGUGUUCGCGCGGAAAUGGUUUCAGAUGUCAAGUCCUGUGCAGCUGCCAUUUUCAAUCUUGACGCAAAGUUCUUCAUCCGAGGGUAUGCACGGGAUUCAGAGCCUGCAUGCCGCGCCCUGCUCCUUAACCCUCAAGGUGCAUACACGAAGUUUGCGCCCGUGCUCUUCCCUCGCCCAGAACAUUUAUUCCGAGAUGACUUUCUGAAAACGUCAAAGCUCGUUUUUAUCCUGAAAGCAUCGCUUUUCGGGCGAUCCUCGCUAGCUGCCAAUGCACCCCCAACACCCAAAACCAAGGCUAAGAUAUGGGAGUUGCGUUGUGUCACUCCAGGCCUCAUUGCAGCGGCAGCAAUUGUUGCUAUCUUUAUUCUUUCUGGUGACAAAGAACUAGUCGAGAUAGGCGAUAAAUCCCGAAUCUCAUACAAGGAGUAUCACAACUAUUAUCGUCAAUCUCUGAUGACCGGUGGCGCCUGGGCAGAUAGCAUUUACACCUUCUUCAACAACUCUCUUUUCGCUACUUCUUCCUCUGCGACUACUCUCCUUGGAGACCUGAGGGGUGAGAAUACUUUGCACGACACCUGGGAACAGGAUUUCGAGCGCGCGAUGGAAAUGGGUGGUGAUCUGCCAGAACCUGAUGUUCCUCGAGCUGCAUCACCACUCACUGAAGAAGAUGCCCCACUAUCAACUGCUAAUAGUCUUGCUAUGGCAGAGGACCGCGAGCUAUUAAUACCACCUAUUGAUAACACAGCUGCACUCAACGAAGGCUCACAGCCACCCAUUCCUCUCGUUCAGAAGCCUAAGCCCAAGCCCAAGCCCAGGCGCAAGACUAAGGCUGGUGCUGGUGCUGAGGGCCCGGGUGCUGCUGCUGAGGAUCUUGAAGUGCGAAGGUCUGGCCGAUUGAAGAAGUAG